ACAGAUCAAUCUGUUAUCCAGUUCCAAAAAAUGAGGAUUCUUUUCAAUUUCCUCAUAAUUUCCACUCUGUUUUCACUUUGUUUCUCAGAACUAUGCAAUCCACAAGACAAAAAAAUUCUCCUCCGAAUCAAACAACACUUCGGCAACCCUUACUUCCUCUCUUCUUGGAAGUCCGACGCCGAUUGCUGCAAAGCCUGGUACUCAGUAGAGUGUGACAGAGUCACCCACCGCAUCAUCUCUCUCAGCCUCUUCGCCGGCGAGCUUUCCGGCCAAAUCCCACCCGAAGUUGGCGAUUUGGUUAACCUCCAGUCCCUUACCUUCCAUAAACUGAGUAAUAUUACAGGCCCUAUACAACCCACCAUUUCCAAGCUCAAACACCUUAGAUUUCUCCGGCUCAACUGGCUAAACCUGACAGGUUCAGUACCGGAAUUUGUCAGUCAGCUCAAGAAUCUAACUUUCUUGGAUUUUUCUUUUAACAGUCUCUCAGGAUCAAUACCCAGUUCUUUAUCUUUAUUACCUAAUCUUGAUGCUCUUCAUUUAGAUAGAAAUGAUCUGACAGGAUCAAUACCAGAAUCAUUUGGUGCAUUCCAAGGUAAAGUACCAUCUCUUUACUUGUCUCAUAACCAACUUUCAGGUAAAAUUCCAGCUUCUUUAGGAAAUAUGGAUUUUGAUGUUAUUGAUUUAUCAAGAAACAAACUAGAAGGUGAUGCUUCUAUGUUGUUUGGAUCAUCCAAAACCACCCAAUUCAUUGAUCUUUCAAGAAAUGUUUUGGAGUUUGAUUUUUCGAAAGUUGUGUUUCCGAGUAGCUUGACGAAUUUGGAUGUGAAUCAUAACAAGAUCUAUGGUAGCAUUCCUCAGCAGAUGACUCAGUUGAAUUUGCAGUUUUUGAAUGUGAGUUACAAUAGACUUUGUAGAGAAAUUCCUGUUGGUGGGAAGUUGCAGAGCUUCGAUAACUCGUCGUAUUUUCAUAAUCGAUGCUUGUGUGGUGAUCCUCUUGCAAGCUGCAAGUAGAGUCAUGGCGGAAGAAAUAGUUUCUGGUGAGAUUUGAUAAAUAAAAUAAUGUGAAAUGCUAAAAUAUGUUGUGUAAUGAGGGGAUUUUUUUUAUUUAGGGUUGAUUUAUGUACGAGUGUGAUCCAUAUGAACCUCGGUUAGGUUUGAGUUUUUAUCUUAAAAAAUGUACUUCAAUAUUUUGUUGAAUCAUGAUAUAUAUUAUCAGUAGAAAGUUUAAUUA